CUUUUCUCCAUUGCAGACUGGUCACGAAAACCUAACGACCUUGUUUUACUUCCCCCCCGAUGAGCAGUCCCCGAAUUACCACUCCACGUCAAUAUGGCGGGGCCCAUUUUGGCGCCACCGCAGGGGGAUCCGACAUUCGCAUGCCUCGAUUUUUCAAGCGACUCUUCAAGUUUCCGCAGAUGGACUUCGAGAUGGCAGUGUGGGAGAUGACACAUUUGCUCAUUGCGCCGAAAAAGGUCUUCAAGUCCAUCUACUAUCACAAGCAGACGAGAAACACCUGGCACCGGCCUGACCCUUCCUUCACCUACUUGUUAUCCUUUUUCCUCUUACUCACAUCCUUCGCCUGGUCGCUCGCCUACACCCCAUCCUUUGCCUCCGUCGUCAAGCUGGCCUUGAUGUUUGUCGUCGUUCAUUUCCUGGCAGGGUCUCUCCUUGUAUCAACACUGGCAUAUUAUCUAGUUGGCCGACUGCUGGGCCCUGGAAUCGCCGGACUUCCCGGUCGAAGGCGCCAACAAGGAUUGUUCGGCCCUCCAGGAGGAUCGAGAAGAGCUGAGGUGCUGGAGUUCGGAUACUGCUUUGAUGUCUCGAUACGGGCCUUCUUCCCGCCAUACGUUCUGCUUUAUAUCGUCCAAUACAUCCUCAUGCCAGUCAUCAACCAUCAAAAUCACGCGUCGACUUUCUUCGCCAAUUUGCUUUACCUUGCAGCGGGCAUUUAUUGGAGCUUAAUCACCUUUCUGGGAUACAAUGCGCUGCACUUUUUGCAUCACACACAGCUGCUACUCUCACCCAUGUUAGCCUGGAUCGUGAUAUGGCUGGUAUGCACCAUUCUGAACAUCAAUCUUGCGACUUUGGGGACAAGAUGGUUAUUUGCGGGCGUCAAGGUCUGAAGAAUAUUACAUCAAAUUGGAACAGUGAUCUCUGGUGUCCGGAAGGAACAAACGCUCGUAAUCUGGUUGCAGAUUGAAGAUCGAGCGUGUGGAGACGUCGUUCCGCAUUCAUGUUCAUGGAGGCUGGAUUUCUGAUGCAUGCGCUUCACAAUAGCGAACAACAUCCCUCACUCACGGCGACCCCGACCUCAGUGUGUCAAUGUUGUGCCAAUCAAGGCGUCGAAUUCGGCAAUGAGGACUUUCGAGGAAGGGAACCUGAGUGUGAACCGGAAAACAUCAUUACAGGUCUCCCAUCCAAUUGCGGCAUUGGGCAUUGCUACCACCACGAACUCCUGGUUCGCGUCCAACGCCGGAUGCAACAUCAAACGGGAUAAUCGCCGAGAUGUGGCUCAGCCUCCAGAGAGAGGGCGCCCUAUUCGGCCAACUUUACAGGCGUGGCGCUCGGUAGCGGGGGAGAGCUAAUGCAGGUCCGUCGAUUUUUGAUCUUGGCCAACCUGCGGCCCACUGCAACUCCAAGGGGGGUGGGUGAUUUUGUGGUGUACGGAGUACGAGUACGGCGGGAGGACUUUGAUGAAAUCAAACUAUGCGCGCGAGUUGACAUGGUGCGAGCUGGGGGCACCAUACACAUACUACAAGCACACGCGCAAGGUCCCAAAGAAUGAAGACUUGAUGAUAGCAUCAGUACUUAAAAUUGUGGUGCUAAUAGUGUUGAGCAUUCGGUCAACCGUCAAGCUUCGGCUCGGGGAUGACGGCAAAAGAAGGAUGAGCUGUCGUCCAGCAAUACCAGUAGUCUAGUACGCGGACCAUAUCUAUGCAUACCCAGCGUGCUCGAAAACAUCCAAAUUGCCCUAUACUUAGUUAACUUCAAUGGGGCACCGUUGAAAUCGGG